UCAUAGCAACUUCACUCUCUAGCUGAACAAAUUAUCUGCGCAAACAUGGUUCGCCGGACUGCUCUGCUGGCCCUUGGGGCUCUCUCAACGCUCUCUAUGGCCCAAAUCUCAGACGACUUCGAGUCGGGCUGGGAUCAGACUAAAUGGCCCAUUUCGGCACCAGACUGUAACCAGGGCGGCACCGUCAGCCUCGACACCACAGUAGCCCACAGCGGCAGCAACUCCAUGAAGGUCGUUGGUGGCCCCAAUGGCUACUGUGGACACAUCUUCUUCGGCACUACCCAGGUGCCAACUGGGGAUGUAUAUGUCAGAGCUUGGAUUCGGCUUCAGACUGCUCUCGGCAGCAACCACGUCACAUUCAUCAUCAUGCCAGACACCGCUCAGGGAGGGAAGCACCUCCGAAUUGGUGGCCAAAGCCAAGUUCUCGACUACAACCGCGAGUCCGACGAUGCCACUCUUCCGGACCUGUCUCCCAACGGCAUUGCCUCCACCGUCACUCUGCCUACCGGCGCGUUCCAGUGCUUCGAGUACCACCUGGGCACUGACGGAACCAUCGAGACGUGGCUCAACGGCAGCCUCAUCCCGGGCAUGACCGUGGGCCCUGGCGUCGACAAUCCAAACGACGCUGGCUGGACGAGGGCCAGCUAUAUUCCGGAGAUCACCGGUGUCAACUUUGGCUGGGAGGCCUACAGCGGAGACGUCAACACCGUCUGGUUCGACGACAUCUCGAUUGCGUCGACCCGCGUGGGAUGCGGCCCCGGCAGCCCCGGCGGUCCUGGAAGCUCGACGACUGGGCGUAGCAGCACCUCGGGCCCGACGAGCACUUCGAGGCCAAGCACCACCAUUCCGCCACCGACUUCCAGGACAACGACCGCCACGGGUCCGACUCAGACACACUAUGGCCAGUGCGGAGGGAUUGGUUACAGCGGGCCUACGGUCUGCGCGAGCGGCACGACCUGCCAGGUCCUGAACCCAUACUACUCCCAGUGCUUAUAAGGGGAUGAGCAUGGAGUGAAGUGAAGUGAAGUGGAGAGAGUUGAAGUGGCAUUGCGCUGGGCUGGGUAGAUAAAAGUCAGCAGCUAUGAAUACUCUAUGUGAUGCUCAUUGGCGUGUACGCU